AUGACUUUCAAAUUUUCUUUAGGUGGAAAACCAACAGUGGAGGUUCACCCCAUGCCAUCGAAACAGCAGAACGUUCCUUCCGGCGUGGAUCUAAGAACAUCGCCUGAUCUUAUAACUGAGAAAGUUCGUGAAAAACCGGCAGUUCCUAAGAAGCCAUCCAAAUUAUUGCUUUCUUCGCGCUUCGAGUCGUCGACUAACAAACCAGCUCCUCUAUCCUUGAACAUAAAUUCUCUAAGUGUUACACCAUCUUCCCCACAGCCAAAUAUUUUGACUCCACAGCCAGGAAGUUUGACAUCUUCACCAUUUCCAGAUUUAAUUAAACAACCUUCUCCUUCAACAAGCAGCACGGAUACUUCUUUUUUUUUCGGAACGUCUAUAAUUUUUUGCAGGAUAUAUUCGACACCGUCUCUAAUGUGCCUGCAUACAGCUCUUAUGCAACCGAGCCCAACUAAAGAAGAACUGGAAGAUUUGGAAGCAAGAAGACAAAAGCUGAUAGAAUCAAUUUCACGUAAGAUUGGUACCCUCGAUAAAGAAAGGUUGGUGUUAGAACAAGAAUUUGCUGCUAAUGAUGCGUUAAGGAAACCGAUAUGUGAUGAACUAAAUGAGCUUGGUGCUCAGGCUCUUGUGGGAAAAAUUGAGCGGAACUUUAUUCAAAACGCACAGCUUAUCAUGCUAGAAACCAAACUGCGUUUGCAAAUGGAAAGGUAUGAAACUAUGUUAGUUAGCACUGAUACUCAUGAGAAAGAAAUGCAUGAUGCGCGAGUAGUACGGUUGCGAAAACAAAUUGAAGAUCAUGCAGUCCUUCGAAAGGCUUUCGAUAGGAGAGAUGCUGAAGUUGAUAAACAGGUUCAGUCAGCCAUUAGUGAGGGCCGUUUAGCUCAGUGGAGGUACUAUAAAGAAGUAUGGAGGAAGUUAACUGCGGAAAGAAAGGAGAUAGAUGAACGCUUAGCUCUGAGUCGGGAACAGUUAACUGCACUUCAGAAAGUGCAGCCAGCGAUCUAG